CUCUGUACAGCCUCGCUCAGCCUCUCUCGGUCGUUGUGCAAAUAUAGAUUGAGUCUUCCACCUGUGGGGCGGUGCUUAUAGGCCUAUAGGAUAACAACGAGCUAACCACCAACAUAACCUGCUUGGAGCAGUUUAGAGACGCUGCGUAAAUUCCCAUGGUAGCAAUCGGUUAAUCGGAAAGUAACACCCAACUUCAAAUAAUCUGAGGAGGAGAUCGUAAUGUCGGUCCUCUCUGAAAGCCUCAUUCUUCACAAGACAGUGAAGAAGCACUAUCUGUCUCUGGCCAAAGGGACAGAGUGUCAGGUCACAUAUGUUUGGAUCGAUAAAACUAAAGAACAUCUACAAUGUAAAACCAGGACUCUGAACAACGAGCCAGCUGGAAUCAGAGAUAUACCUGAGUGGGAUGCUUUCUGGACUGAUGGAGAUCCAACCGAAGUGAUUUUGAUCCCGGUCCGGAUGUUUCGAGAUCCUUUCACUCUCAACCCUAAUAAACUGGUGCUGUGUGAAGUGCUUGACAGCAAACGUGAUCCCAUAGGAGGUCAUCAGCGUUCACACUGUGUUCAAGUAAUGGAGAAGGUGAAACGGUUUGAGCCAUGGUUUGGGAUGGAGCAGGAGUACAUGCUCUUUGGUUUGGAUGGAAAGCCCUUUGGUUGGUCUCCUCAGGGAUGUCCACUUACAGGAGGUGUGAAAAACAUAUAAUAUUAUUACAUAUUGUCUUGCGCUGUGGGCAUUAACAAAGUGUAUGGAAGAGACAUUUGUAUCUGUCACUACAGAGCCUGCCUGUACGCUGGUGUAAUGAUCUGUGGCACCAAUGCAGAAGCUUUAGCCUCCCAGUGGGAGUUCCAGGUCGGCCCGUGCGAGGGGACUGAGUCGGGGGAUCAUCUGUGGAUGGCUCGCUACAUCCUGCACCGUGUCUGUGAGGACUUUGGGGUUGUUGCCUCUUUAGAUGCUAAACCCUUCAGGCAAAGCGUUUACACAUCAGGCUGUCACACUAACUUCAGCACCAAGGAGAUGAGGAGUGAAGGGGGACUUCUGUACAUUGAAGAGGCGAUCAGAAGACUGAGCAGGCGUCACUCUCAGCACCUCUGUGUCUACGAUCCACAUGGUGGCGCUGACAACAUGAGUCGCCUCUGCAGUCAAAGCCUAACCUCCAGUUAUGAUGAAUUCUCCGCAGCCUCAGGACGUCGUAACGUUAGCGUUCGCAUCCCUGACCAUGUCAGUCGCCGGGGCUGCGGGUACUUUGAGGACAGACGUCCUGCUGCCAACUGUGACCCCUACAGCGUGAUGAGGGCCCUGGUUGAAACCUGUCUACUGGGAGCCACUGGGGAAGAUGAUGACGAGGAAAAGGAGACGGUGACUUUCUGAAAGGGGAAUAAUGUAUCAGACUCUUUGUGUGUAGUUAAGUGCCUUUGUGAAAUUUUAAAGAAAUCUCACACAUUUGCAAGUUCAAAUGCAGAAAUUGUGUGUUGCAUGAAUGUAGUAAAAAAUUUAAGAUGAAGUAAAUUAUAAAUGAAGCUGACAUCAGACUGUUUUCAUCCUGCAAACACAUGCUAGGUCUAGACAAGUUUGGACACUUUUCUAUCAGGAAAAACAACUUGAAUGCAAAGUAAAAACAAACACAGUGUCUUAAAACAUCUGUAUUUCUGGCAGUAAUCCUGAUGAACUGUUGCAGUGUUACUAAGUAAAAGUACACAAGUAUCAGCAGCAAUAUGUAGAGAAAGCAUUAAAGUACUGGUAGCAUAAAACAGAAAUACUCAAGUAUAAGUACCUCAAAACUGUACUUGACAGUGCUG